CAGACAAACAGCCGUUAGCCGCACACAGAGAGCCUCGAUGUGGGCAAACUAGAGAGCAAAAGCAGUGUAUUUAUGAUAAUGUUGGCUUCCGAGAAAACCCCUGAAUGAGAAGGACGGGGUCUCGGCCGGUGUGAGUGGACUUUAACCGGACGGGGAGCCGCUGCGUUCCAGUGGUCCGUCCCCCGGUGCUCGCCGCGGAUCUCCCGGCAGCACAGUGAUCGAUCGGCCGCUACGAUCCACCGAGUCUGGGGCUGCGAACCCACCGAGGACCCGGGCUUUACCCCGGGCUGUACCCGGUCCCAUCGGUCCAUGGAGUGUACAUGAUCAAUUCAGCCCGACCGGGUUCACACACGGGGUGAGAUGCGGGGCUCUGGGUAGCAGAGAGGCAGCCGGCCCUCCAUAGCCCGGCCCAGUAACAUGUCCCUCAGCAGCGCUGAUACAGGCGGGAACGGUGUGGACUCGACUGCAGUGGAGGCGUAUGACAGCGGGGAUGAGUGGGACAUCGGCGUAGGGAACCUCAUCAUCGACCUGGACGCUGAUUUGGAGAAGGAGAAGCUGGAGAUGUCGGGUAGUAAGGACGCCGGCAUGGCCCCCCCGACGGGCCCAGGGGCCCCGCCGCCGGGCCCUGGGGCCCCCCUACCUGAGAAGGUGACCUUCAUAGCCCCCGGGGCUCAGAGCAAAACCAAGUCCAAACGCAGCAAGACCCCCAAGGAGGGCAGCAAGCCCCCCGCUUCUGCAGACACCCCCAAGAGAGAGCUCCCGGGGCGCGGGGCCCCAGGGGAGGCCCCCUCUCCCGGCCCAAACACCCCCACAAAGGGCCCCGAGAAGGGCAUCAAAAUCACACGCAGUGGUCCCCCCACCAAAAAGGACAAGGAGGGGGCCUGCGGGAAGAGUAAGAAGGAGAAGAUGGAGGUGGUCCCCUCAGGGGUGGGGGCCGUGGACAAAGAGGUGGGGGCCCCUGCUCUGUCUCAGGGGGCCCCCCACCCCGGACUGUUUGAGGGACAGAAUACGGACUUGGCUGCCGCCGAGCAUCAUGGGAGUAUCGCUCUGGAUCUGACAGAGGGACGGCUGCCCGUCGCCAUGGCAACAGAUGAGGAGGCGGAGGCCAGCGAGUACCACAGCCUCCAGAUAGGCUCUGGGGAGCAGAUGGAGGCACCGCCCGUUCCUGUGGCACUCCCGCUAGCUGUUCCUGUAAGCACGGACCUCCUGCUAGCUGCUACCACUGGCCUAGAGCUCCCGCUAACCACUGCUGCUAGCUCAGACCUGUCGCUAGCUCCGGCUAGCAGCGCAGACAUCUCCUCCAGCUGCGAGCAGAUCAUGGUCCGCACGCGCUCCCUGGCGGUGGGCACUCGCUCCCUGGCCGUCACCACGGCCCACGUAGCGCUGGCCACCGAGCCUGAGUGCCUGGGGCCCUGUGAGCCAGGCACCAGCGUCAACCUGGAGGGCAUUGUCUGGCAGGAGACCGAGGACGGUAUGCUGGUGGUGAACGUGUCCUGGAGGAACAAGACCUACGUUGGAACUCUGCUCGACUGCACACGACACAACUGGGCCCCACCGAGGUUCUGCGAGGCGGGAGAGCUGGAGGUGCGUAGCGGGCGUGGGCGGGGCAAGCGGGCGCGGCCCGGAAGCCAUUCCUCCUCAUCGGACCCACGCGGGGGGGGCAGUAAGACACGUGCGGCGGCGGCUAGCGGGGGAGCUAAGGGCCGCCGCGGGAGCCAGCCCUCCGCCCCGGAGGAGCCCCUCCCCGCGACCAAGAGGAAGACCCCCACCCCCAGGCCCCCGGGAGACCCCCCGACAGAGCCCCCCGCCCCCGAGGACCCCAAGAGCACCAAGCGCAUGCGGGCCUCCUCCAGCCCCGGGGCGGGCGCCCCGCCGGAGCCCGGUGGCCCCCCCUCCCCCACCCUCAUCGACUGCCCCCACCCCAACUGCAACAAGAAGUACAAACACAUCAACGGGCUGAAGUACCACCAGGCCCGCGCACACAACCUGCCGGACCCCCUGGACCCCGACGGGGGCGACAGCGAGGGGGGGGAGGACCACGUCCCCUCGGCCCCCCCAAACGGGACGGCCGGAUCCCCCGGCCGCCCCGCCACCCCCAGGGCCCGCGGGCCCGAGGCCCAGAGCCCCUCCCCGGGCUGGGGGUCCCGGCAGGGCCGGAGGUGGGGUGAGGGGGAGGCAGGGGAGGACUGUGAGGAGGAGGGCCGGCUGCUGGGGUCAGGGGUCAAGCAGGAGAAGGGCUGUGUUAAAACAGGCAAGACCAGCUGGCCCCCCGGCCCACUGUACCCCCUGCAUACCCCCCCCUCCAACGACCCCUCCUCAAUGGUUCAGUCCAUCCCCAACGACCCCUCCUUAAUGGUUCAUUCCAUUCCCAACGACCCCUCCUUAAUGGUUCAUUCCAUUCCCAACGACCCCUCCUUAAUGGUUCAUUCCAUUCCCAACGACCCCUCCUUAAUGGUUCAGUCCAUCCCCAACGACCCCUCAAUGGUUCAGUCCAUUCCCAACGACCCCUCCUUAAUGGUUCAAUCCAUUCCCAACGACCCCUCCUUAAUGGUUCAGUCCGGUGCUAAAAGCCACCAAUCAAAAGGGCCGCUGGAAGGCAGCCCGCUUUGCCCCGCCCCCAGCCCGUCGCCGAGCCCCUCUCCCGGCAGUCCUAAAGAGAGGAAGAAGAAGAAGAGGAAGGAGGGGGGGAGGGAGGGGGACAGCCCCCGGGGCAGGGAGGGGAGGAGCCCCUACUCGGAGUGCUCUGACCCCCAGCUGAACGGGGAGCCCCCCCACCCCCCCCACCACAGCCGCCUGGCCAGCAUGAAGGCGGAGGCGGACAAGGUGUACAGCUUCUCCGACAACACGCCCAGCCCCUGCAUCGGCCUGGCCCCGCCCCUCACGCCGCUGCAGCUCAGCCAGAACGGGGCCGACGGCCUGUCCGUCAAGACUGGAAGCCCCGCCUACUCGGACAUCUCCGAUGCGGGCGAGGACGGCGAGGGGCGCGGGGAGGGGGGCCGGUCGGUGAAGCUUGAGCCGGGGGUCCGUGAGGGUCCCAAGAAGACCCUGUUCCCCCCGCUCGCCCCCGGGGAUCCGGGGGGCCGCUACGGCUACCCCGGGCCCCCAGGCGCAGCGCCCCAGGGGGGCGGAGCCCCGCCGCAGGUGGAGGGAGCGCAAGUGAAGGUGAAGAAGGAGAGGGAGGAGGAGGUGGAGGAGGAGGAGGGGGAGCAGCAGCAGCAGCAGCAGCAGGUGGAGCUGAGGAGGAUCAAGUCCGAGCCGACGGAGCACAGGAAGCUGGAGGCCGGGGGGGCGGGGCUUGUUUCCCAGCAGCAGCAGCAGCAGCAGCAGCAGCAGCAGCAACAGCAGCAGCAGCAGCAGCAGCAGCUGUCCGUCAUCCAGCAGCGCUCCAACAUGUACAUGCCCCCGCUCUACUACAACCAGUACGCCUACGUCCCCCCCUACACCUACCACAGCCACAUGCUGCAGGCCAGCUCCGCCUACCGCCACGACAGACCCCGCCCCCACGACGAAAGACCCCGCCCCCACGACGAGAGACCCCGCCCCCACGACGAGAGACCCCGCCCCCACGACGAGAGGACCCGCCCCCACGACGACCGGCCCCGUCCCCAUGACGACCGGCCCCGCCCCCCUGAGAGGAGAGCCGAGCACGCAGCCGGCGGAAAGGAAGAGGGGAAGCAGAAGGGCCCGCCUCCCCCCGGUCCGCCGGACCCGGGCCCCAAGGGGGGGGGCGGCCCCGCCCACCACGACCCCCUCCCAACCCCCCACCUCCUCGCCAGUAAGCUGAAGGAACCCGGCCACGGGGCCGGACCCCCAGGGGCCCUCGGGACCCCCGGGACUCCGGGGACGGAGAAGAGCAAGUCGGUCAUCAUGUCCAAGGAGGAGGAGGAGGGGGGGGGCAGGAGGACUCCGGGGGGCGCCCCCCCCCCGGGGUACCGUGGCAAGGAGGACCCCAAGGUUGCCAUGGAGACGGGCCGGCCGGCCGGCAUGGAGCCAGCCAUGUGGUACAGACAGGAGCCGGACUCGCGCCUGUGGCCCUACGUCUACCCCAACAAGUACCCAGCGGACGAGGAGCGGUGGAGGGACGAGAGGGAGAGGGAGCGGGACCGCGAGAGAGACCGCGAGAGAGACCGCGAGAGGGAGAGAGACAGAGAGAGAGAAAGAGAGAGGGACAGGAAGGGGAAGGAGGAGAAGCCUCGCCCCAAGGAGGAGCACCAGAGGGAGGAGUCAGGGGAGGGGAGGGAGGGGCCCCGGGCCCCCGAGGACCCCCGGGGCGUGGGGAAGGACCCCCGGCCGCUCCACAUGCACUUCUCUCCCCAGCAGCACCAGGCCUACCUGCCCUACAUGCAGGGGGCCUACGCCUACGGCCAGGGCUUCGACCCAAACACGCCCGGCUACCGCGGGGUGCCCUCCGUCAUGAUCCACAACUACCCUGGCUCCUACCUGCCGGCGGGCUACCCGUUCUCCGCGCCCUACGGGGGGAAGGGCUGUGAGGAGGCGGAGUCCCGCUCCAGCCCGUCGGGCUCCAAGCCGCCCGGGGACACCAAGGCCCUGGAGCUGUUGCAGCAGCACGCCUCCCACUACAAGACCAAGUCCUCCUCCACCGCCGGGCCCCCCAAGGGCCCCCCAGACCGGGACCCCCGGGGGGGCGGGGGAGGAGGAGGAGGAGGAGGGGGGGGUGGAGGAGGGGGGGGCGGGGGGGAGAGGGACGGGGAGCGGCCGCGCUCCUCCCCCUCCCAGCGCGCCGUCACCUCACACCACCACCUUGGGUACCCCCUGCUGUCAGGGCAGUACGACCUGCCCUAUAAUGCAGGCAUGUCAUCGUCCGCCAUCGUAGCCAGUCAGCAGGCCACCGCUCCCUCCAUGUACCCCCCGGCGAGGAGGUGAGGAAGGGACAACAGAUGAACCAGCCGACCUCCUGCUCCCCAACACUGGACACACUUCUGAUGGACCUCUGGAGCUGGUCUAGAACUGUGGGGCUAGGCUAGGACUGUCGGGCUAGGCUCAGGUGUGUGUGUGUGUGUGUGUGUGUGUGUGUGUGUGUGUGUGUGUGUGUGUGUGUGUGUGUGUGUGUGUGUGUGUGUGUGUGUGUGUGUGUGUGUGUGUGUGUGUGUGUGUGUGUGUGUGUGUGUGUAAAUACUGUACAGGGGAAUAAUUUUAAAAGAAGUUUCUGGAUGCUCUUCUGUUUUUCUACAUGUUGAUGUUAUUAAAAUUGUAACUGGUGGAAUAUCAAGUGUAGUCAUUCAACACACACUCACGCUUGCACACACAUACUUUCAGGUCACGGUAACUCGUACACUAGGGGGCAGUAACACCAUUUUCAACCCUAAGCUGACACAAAUGACUAAAUAUUGCUCACACUGAUCCCAGCCAACACAAUAGAUUUUAGUGUCUGCACCCUGAUGCGUCACCUGCUCGACCAAUCAGCACUCACUUCACGGAGAGAGUUGAUAUGUUGCUAGUGUGACCAUGGCUAAAUGCCAAAGUGGAAUGUGGCCGGAUUGCUUCCUAACCUUUAAAACAAACCUGUGAAGAAAAAGUCUGGAGAUUUAAGUGGUAAAAGUCUCCUUUAUAAAAGUACAACAUGUGGAUCACGUUCGACUGGUGUCCAACAGAAGGUACAUGGAGGAUUGUAAUGUACAUAUGGUAAUGAACAUUACCAUAUGUACGUGACCAUAUGGUAAUGUAUAUAUUGUAUUGUUUAUAUGUACUGUACACAUGCGAAUUAACAUUACCAUAUUGUAAUGUACAUAUGGUAACGUAUGUUAUUGCACAUAUUGUAAUGUGUAUAUGAUCAUGUACAUUACCUUAUUUACAUAUGCUCAUGUGUAUUCGGUCAUGUACAGUGAUCUAUACGGUCAGUCCCCACAGAGUCAGGGUUCCUCGCCAGCUGCCACACGUUCUCUUGAGCAACACAUCUCUGCUGACCUCAGAUGACCAGCAGGCUUUACCCUGCCCCCAAAUCCGUGCUCAGCCCCGCCCUCAGAGCCUGUGUGCCGUGCGAUUGGCCGGAGAUUCUCUCGGGGCCCCUCCCCCCCCAGCAUGCAUCCUGCUAGAGGCGGUCAGCAGCUGGAGGUCUGAGUGGGCGUUGGCCACCGUGUGGCGCCGCUGACCCCCCGCCCUCUCCAGGUAGGCCUCGCCCUCCUGUUCCAUCAGGGGGGGCAAGGAGUCGGAGUCGGGCCGGGCGAAGGGCGGCUCCGCCCCCUUGGACCCCUGGGACCCCGCCUGGGGGGGGCGCUCCCCGACGCCCUCGUCUGGCCGCAGGGGGAAGGACACUCGUCAGGAACAGGAAGUCCAUAGGAAUAUAACCUUUAACCUUCCUUCACUGGUAACAAUAGUAGCCAUGGUAACAGUGAUAUUUAUUUAAAGUAAUCGGUAGUUAUAGUAACAAUAGUAGCCAUGGUAACUGGUGGUUAAAGUAAC